AUGAAGGUAAUCCUAGCGUCGCUCAUACUCAACGAAGUUGGUCUGGAAAUAACAAAGCAGAGCAUAUCCGAGCUUAUAAGAAAAGCUGGCGCGGAGCCGCAGGAGGAUGAGGUAGAUGAUUUUCUUGUUAAGCUGAGUGGAAAAAGCAUACAAGAGGCGGUUGCCGAAGGAAUGGGUAUGAUGCAGAGCGUGGAAAGUAAGGCUGGCUCAGUUGUUAAGGAAGAAAAGGCUGAGGAGGAAGAGAAGCCGAAAGAGGCUCCUAAGCCAGCGGACGAUGAUGUGGAUCUCUUCGAAAUUUUCUAAUUAAACGGGUUAACGACAGG